AUGUAAAAGACUUAGAUUGAAUCAGAAACAGGAAUCAAUAAUAACUGGAAUAAUGAAGAAGAUUAAAAAUUGAAGGAUUCAAUUAACAUAUAUGGUAUUCAAUGGAACAAAGUAGCUGAAACGAUAGCUGGAAAAACUGAAUCUUAGUGCAUUUAAAGAUGGCAUAUGUUAUAAGUAAAAAUUCGAUAUUCAUAGAAAGAAUUAAUAGUAGGAAGCAUGGUCGAAAGCAGAUGAUGAACAAUUAAAGGAUUUAGUAUUGAAAUAUGGUGAGAAUUGGAGUGAAGUAGCUUAGAUAAUGAAAAACAAAACACAGAGUCAAAUCAAAAGCAGAUUUAACUAAUUAAAUUUUCAAUUGUCAAAUAGACCUUGGAAUGAGGAGGAGGAUAAUCAAUUGAUUCUUUUAUUCGAAUAAUAUGGAACAAAAUGGAAUUAAAUUGCAUAAACAAUGAAAUAUCGAACUGUAAAGAAAAUUCAUUUCAUCUUUAGGAAAUCGAGGUAAAGAAUAGAUAUUAUUCAAAGCAUAAAAUAUCAGAACAUCAAAUGACUUUGGUAUUUAAACUAAAAUAUUCAUAGAAUUUGAAGAUGUCUGAUUCCGAAAUUGAAAAAUAAGAAGAAAUGGAGAGUAAAACAUUUAAAACUGAAGUUAAAUGCAAAUAAGAAUUAUAGAGCAUUGAACCCUAACCAAACAAAAAGGUUGACAUCAAACAAUCUGACCAAUAAUAAAAGGAUAGUAACAUCAGCUAUUUAUGUCCAAGAAAUUUCAUAUUUAAAUUUGAAUAGCUGUUUGAUUCUUCUUAAAAUGAACCAAAGAAGAUUGUAUGGAUACCGGUUCCAAUCAUUAGAAUAACUAAAAAGAAUCCGACAACGAACGAUAAUCUAUUUGAAUAAUCAGUUGAUGAUUUAAAAUAGGAGGAAGAAUUAUAAACUAGAAAAAAUUGA